AUGGACGAAGACAAUCAGCCUUUAACAAAAAGGAUAAAACCUGAAAAGAAGCUUUUAAUUUCUUUAGAUAAUACUUCUACUUCUGUUCCUGAUAAUUGCAAUUUUAAUAUUAUUCCAAAAAUUUCAAAUUAUACUUUAAGAUAUUCAUUGAUAGGACAUAAAGAACCUAUAUCUAGUGUUAAAUUUAGUCCUGAUGGGAAAUGGUUAGCAAGUUCUGCUGCUGAUAAAUUAAUUAAAAUAUGGAAUGCAUUAGAUGGAAAAUUUGAACAAACUCUUGAAGGACAUCUAAUGGGUAUUUCUGAUGUUGCAUGGGCAUCUGAUUCACAAUCAUUAGCAUCUGCUAGUGAUGACAAAACGAUUCGUAUUUGGAAUUUAAUGACUGGAACAACAAUAAAAGUGUUGAAGGGACAUACAAAUUAUGUAUUUUGUAUAAAUUAUAAUCCUCAAAGUAAUUUAAUUGUUUCUGGAUCUUUUGAUGAAAGUAUUCGUAUAUGGGAUGUUAAGAAAGGAAAAUGUAUGAAAACUUUGCCUGCACAUUCUGAUCCUGUGUCUGCUGUCCAUUUUAACAGAGAUGGUACAAUGAUUGUUUCUUGUAGUUAUGAUGGUUUAAUACGAAUAUGGGAUACUGCAACAGGGCAUUGUUUAAAGACUCUUGUUGAUGAUGAUAACCUUCCUGUUUCAUUUGUUAAAUUUUCUCCUAAUGGAAAAUAUAUUCUUGCUAGUACGUUGGACAGUACUCAUAAGCUUUGGAAUUUUCAUAGUGGAAAAUGUCUGAAAACAUAUCAAGGUCAUAUUAAUAAAAGAUAUUGUAUGCUUGCCUCAUUUUCUGUAACUGGUGGUAAAUGGAUUAUUAGCGGCUCUGAAGAUAAUUUGAUUUUUAUAUGGGAUCUUCAAUCUAAAAAAGUAGUACAAAAAUUGGAUGGACAUUCCGAUGUGGUAGUUUCUGUAAGCACACACCCUGACCAUAACAUUAUAGCUUCAGGAUCUCUUGAUAAAACGGUUAAUAUAUAUUAUGAUUCUUAG